AUGUUAAACGGAGAUUUCAGCCUGGGCUACGGGAGUACGCGGUCAAGGGGCGGCUAUGUAGACGUCCAAAGUUACUGGUGGAAAGGCAGCCGUUUCUGGCCUCAAAAGCGGUCAUUUUUCGGCGUCAAUCCGACAGGUCCUCAUAUUCUAGUUGUAAUCUUGAAGUCUCUAACUGGGUUGAUUGGAGUUCACUGUAAAUUCAAUGUCAAAGUUAUCGUAUAA